AGAUACCGUACAUGCAUCAUCAUUUCUUUACAAAAAAUUUGCAAGAUGAGCAUUCAGACAUUUGGCCAUUCUGUUGUUAACAAGACAUAGUUCUGUAAGAAGAAAAAUUUCAUCCAGCUUAUUUAUUCAUAUAUUGUAACAGCUUACAAGGACAGUGUUUGGCAAGCUCUAUUCUACAAAACUGUUAGAGCUUGAGCUGCAAUAAAACACCUUCAAUUGUGAGGAGGUGACCCCUAAUGAGAAUUGUACUGCGGAAAAUGAGAAUUAUCUGAGACAAAUACCGUACUUCUCUUCCAAAGAGCGGUUUGUUACACAAUUGCCAAUGGAGUCCAUCAACACUUGUAAGCCACCAAGCAAUGGCCUGCUGGAACCUGUUGCUGGUGCCUCCAAUUCUGCUGUGAAUUCCAACAAUCUGCCACUUCAAAGGCUCCAGUCCCAGUCUUCUCCAAACCAAGUUUCAAGUAAUGGAGUAUGCACAAGCAAAACUUUGCUUGAUGAAAUAAUUACAAAAAAUCUCAAAAAUGUGCAGAAUUCAUCUUCUAGUCAAAAAGACAGAAAUAGUUCUGUUGAUCCAUCUCCCUUGCAUGCAGCCAUUAAUGCAAAACCUCGGCUAUUUGAAGUGGAGAACAGGUUCUCAAAAAUGAUAGACAACAUUGACAGCUUACUGAAAGGAGUCAAUGCAUAUGGACUAAAAAAAUUCUUAAGAGCAAGCAAGAACCUACCAAUUACUCAUAGGAAAAAGACAGUAACUGGAUCUGAAGAUGAGAAUAACCAGCUGCAUUUAGAGAAGGGUGAUGGUUCUGUAAAAGAUUCCUCAAAUGAAAUGGGAACUCUGAAAGAUGCUUGUCUUGAUUCUCAUGCAAGUAAACGUUGUCGAAAUUUUCUUAAAGGAAAAAAGUGCCAAGAAGUAUGCUCAAAGUUGCAUCGACUGCCAAAGGAAGAUGGAAUUAAGUGCAUUUCUGAACUGUAUGGUGAGUGUUAUAUGGGGAAUACAUGCAUUUUCGUUCAUGAAAAUGAAUUGAAUUCAAAUGAAGGGAAUGUGCCCAAUAUUAGAGAGGGAAAAGCAUUGAAGUUUCCAAAGUUAAAGGACAAAAUUCAAAAUUUGGUGCAAAGCCCACAACAGGAAAAUACUUUAAAUGCAACUUGCAGAGGUGCUACAGAAACGUCUACUGUAGCUUUCAGUUCUUCAACUUCAAGUGAUUCAGCAAGUGGUAAUUUGAUUUCAAUGCAUGCAAGUUCCAAAGAACAUCAUAGUUCAGAUCUUGAACGCACUUGUGCCGAUGACUUUCUGGAAGAUGUUCCUCCAAAUGCUGAUUGUGAUGAAACCCUUGAGAAUUCUAAUCCCGAGGAUGAAGAAUUUAUUAGAAGCCCUGUUACAGAGACAUCUUGUAGUCCAGAAAAUGCAAUCAAUGUUUCUAAGCAGACUGAAGUGGGUGUUAAACGUCACUUGGAUAAAGGAAUGGAAGAGCUGGAGAAAUUGGACUCUGCUAACAAGAGAAUUAAGAACGAAUCGGGGGAUGGAGGAACCAAUAAAUCCUCAUCAAAUGAAGUUGAACAAUGUCAAAUAAUUGCUAUAAAAUUAGAAGAAGUAGAACCAGUAACAGUUAAACAUGAACUUUUUAAAUAUGAGUUUAUUGAAUGUCCUCCGCCAGUUAAACAAGAAGAGUGUACUCCGAAAUUCCCUGAUCCAUCUGGCAACAUGGAAGAAUUAAAUAGUGAAUUGAUCAUCAGUGUUCCAAAUGGUUAUAAAUCUCUUCCAGAACACAUAUUGUCUGAUGUUAGCUCUUUAUUUUUGACACUGCUCAAGCAAAAUAGCAAAUUCAAAUAUACAGUCAAGUCUGUAAAUUCUUAUGUUGAACUUUUUGAAUACCUGCAGUUCUGCAAUAUUCCCGUUCUUGAUGAAACCAAACACCCAAAGCAAUUUGUAUGGGAAGUUCAUUUGAGACUUGCCUUGUGUGCACUUCUUGAUGUUGAUGAAGCAAGGGAGUACCAGAAAGAUAUUGAGAGACAUCUGAUGAAUGAUCCAUUCAAUAGUUUCUUGAAGCGAACCUUGCAGCGAGUGCACAAACCUGCUUGAGCAAAGUAACGUAUGCCAAUGUUACAUGUGUUAGGCAUUUCGGUUAAUUUAAUUGCUAAUUUGGUAUACAGAUGUGACUUGUUGUUUGAACUUUUUAAUUAUUCCUGUUAGUGAUUUAAUACAAAGUUUUUUUCAUAUUUUCACAAAAGUGACAUGAAAGAAGUGGCUACAAAAAUAACCACUCAUUGCCUUAGUAAUUCCAAGGUUUUAUUCCUCAUUGGAAUUUGUGUGGAUCACUUGACUUUUGUGUAUUAACUUACUUAAAAUAAAUUCCAAAAUUUAGUUAGCCUGCAUGAAAUUGAACAAGGAAUUUAUUUUCUCCUGUGAUUCAAUUAAGGAAUAAACUUCUUGACUCCUAGGCAGUUCUCCUCUCAUUAUCUUGCAAGAUGUGGAUGUGAGUGUACAAUUAUGUACAUAGUAGCUUUUGGAUUAAGUGUUCCUCCUAGUUCUGGUAGAUUGUUUAAACCUCAUAUGAUACUUACUUCUUUUCCGGAAAGAUUGGAUUGAACUGUGUUCAUGAAUUAGGUGUUAUUUUGCUGUCUCAAAAAUCCAAUUGAUGUAAGCUAUCUACACGUCAUUUUUUUCUAAAUUUUACAUUGUAAACAAUAAAUUUAUGUGCCAUGA